UGCUUUCUGUUGUACAAGCUAAUCGUAGAAACAGCAAGCUGGCACACCAACUCAUACUUUAGAUGCACUGAAUCUUUUAUAGAGAUCUCUAUAGAGCGUCACUUCACCAGGGCUGUGAGUGGGCAGGUCCUUAUUACACGGUGGAUGGAAAAUCCUUGUUCUACUCCAGUAAUCUAGGUCAGCAGUGGGCAGAGAUAGUGAUGUCAUCAGGUAGAUGGGUACAGCCUGGUCAGAGGAGCCAGAAGGCACCAGGUAACGAACAUGUCUGCAUCGACUCUCCAAAAGCUGUGGGGGAAGAUGGAGAAGCUGAAGAUGAGAAUCAGAACCACCUACCAGCAGCUGUUCAGGGAAAGGGGGGAACACUGGAACCUGUGGGUGAAGAUAAACAGCAGAGAAAGAAGGAGGAACAGAAGACUCAUGGGAGAGUGCAGGGUGCUCCUGGGACUAACAGGGAAAAGGUGAAGCAGUCAGGAGGCAAUGCACCAGACUCUGAAUGCUUGGUCGAGUGCUUUCCAAGCAUGAAUAAAAGUGGAGGACUAAAAAAGCAAAGAGGAACUCAGCAGGUACUCACUCAACAAGGGAACCGAAACAAGUGUCCAGAAGACUCUCGUGGAGCUGGACAGUUUUUCUUUUUUGGAGGAGGAAAUGGUGCCUCCAUAGUUGUCCCAUACUGUGAGAGCAAAGGCUGGAGGCGUAUUACUGACAAAACCAGAGAGGAUUACAAACUUAACUGGUGUGAACUUAAAUGUUUCCGUACCUACCACAACUUCAGAGAAGGAGAGCAGUUGAUCUACCAGAUCCCAAAUAACAAAGUCUUAACCACUAAAAUACGCCUUCUGAACAGCCUCAGAGUGUACGACAGGAUCAGCAGCAAGGUCAACCAUGGUCGUGAAUUUAGGAGGCUGAAAAUGGAGGAGUUUUUUCCAGAAACCUUUCGUAUGGAUAUAAAAGAUGAAAGGGAAACUUUCUUUAACCAGUAUGAAGAAUUUUGUUCUGACAAAGGCAACAUGUGGAUCUGUAAGCCGACUGGUUUAAAUCAGGGCCGAGGCAUUUUUCUUCUGCGGAUGCCUGAGGAAAUGUCAGCCCUCAAAACCAGGAUGCAGCUCUUAUCCGACAACAACACAAACAAGAGGAUGCGAAGGCCGCAGGCUUACGUCGUUCAACAGUACAUCCAAAACCCGUUGCUUCUUAAGGGUAAAAAAUUUGACGUGAGAUCAUAUUUUCUGAUUGCCUGCACCUCGCCGUACAUGGUGUUCUUCCGUCAUGGGUACGUUCGUCUGACCUGUGACCUUUAUGAUCCCAUUUCCAGCAACCUUACUGCUCAUCUGACCAACCAGUAUAUGCAGAAGAAAAACCCUCUGUACAGUAUUGUAAAGGAAGAGACAGUCUGGUCCAUGGAACACUUCAAUGAAUAUGUUAAUGAAAAUUUCAUGGGGCCAAGGGGCCUGCCAGAAGACUGGGUUCUAGGUGUGUUUACAAAGCGAAUGCAGCAGAUAAUAAUUCAUUGCUUUCUGGCUGUUAAAUCUAAGCUGGAGUGUAAACUGGGCUACUUCGAUCUGAUUGGUUGUGACUUCUUGAUUGAUGAGAAUUUCAAGGUCUGGUUGCUAGAGAUGAAUUGUAACCCAGCCCUUCAUACUAACUGUGAGGUGUUAAAGGAGGUGGUGCCGAAAACAGUCACUGAAACCCUGGAUCUUACCAUUGAGAUCUUCAAUAAAUGUCGCUGUGGGAUGAAGCUGUUGCCUCUGAGCAGCCAGAAAGACUUCAUUUUGCUGUAUAAUGGUGAAACCGUGAACAGCUCUGUCACCAAACAGAGGAGCAGAACAGCAUUACCCACGAGGACACCAGGCUCCAAAUCCACUUCUAAAAAAAUGCACCAAGCUGUUGGCAUCACACCACAUGAGGACAAUUCAGGCAAUAGCUUGGUGUCCAUUUCUCCAGGUAUUUCUAAUCAUGCCAGUCCACCUGUAUUGCAGACUAUUCAGCCAAGGGAGCUAAUUUCAACAAGCUCAGAUAAUGAGCAAUAUGUGCUUCCUGGUUGCAGAACUGUGUUAGCCACCCCAGCCAACAAAACCUCUGGAAUAUACCAAAAAACAUUGGCUACCAAACCUGCAGAAGUGAGCCACAUGCACCGAAACAAAACCGCCCCCAAACGAGUGGAGCUACGUCUCGGGAAUUGUACUUGGCAGCAUUUUGAACUGACUUCUAAGUUUACAAGUCCAGAACUGAAGAGGGCAAAGAGUACCAUUGUGUCUUCGUCUAGUACCACACUGAAUGAUCAUUCCAGUUCUUUUCACAGACUUAGGGUUCGAGAGGAAGGACACAGCACGUCUGUCAAGUUCCCUGAGAUGCACCUUGCUCAGUCACCUUCAUGAUCUUUACAAUUACCAAAGUCAAGAAAAUCUAUGUUCUGUAUAUGUUCAAGAAAGCAUAUUCUGUCAGAAAAUAAACGUAACAUUUUAUCUUCAGUCUGA